CCGGCGUGGCCGGGAGCGCGGGACUGGGUCCCGUCAGUCAGCACUCGCUGCCAGGGCGACGGGCUCUGCUGCCAUGGCGCCGCCGGCACCCGACGUGGCGUGCUAGACUCUGGGAGAUGUAGUUCUGGACCUUCGCGGGGACCCGCCGGCUCGGCGGCGACCCACAUUUCCCCCAGGGUUUCAGCUGGGCUGGGAGCUUGAGGAGCGGAGUUCUGACUCAAGCGCUCAGGUAGCCCUCGAGGUUGAUGCCACCAAAGGUACGUGGGCGGUGGCUGUGGCACUACCCUCUUAGUAAGCAGAUUCGUGCACAAAUCCCCGGCUGCGGGAGCGUUGUGAGUAGGACCGGCAGCCCCGUUUGCAGAUGAGCGGACAAGAUCGCCGACGUGUGGAAUCAGAAUCUUGGACCGUCAUUGCUGGUCCUGGUCCGGCGGUCUUGGGCCAUUUGUAGGCCUCUGGAAGCUGCUUCCUCACCCCCCAGCCCCACCUGAAUCAGACAAUCGAAGAGAUGGAGCAUCGUGUGGUGUGAUAAGUUGGGCUCAGUGGACGGGACCAAGUAGGGGAAGCUGGACCACACGAGUUAUUUUGCACGGUUGAGACGCAGAAUGAGGCUGGGAGGGAGUGGGAGCAGUGGUGCUCGUCCCCAGGCAGCAGGUGGUACAGGUGCUGGGAGGGAGCAGGAGCAGUGGUGCUAGUCCCCAGGCAGCAGGUGGUACAAGUACUGGGAGGGAGUGGGCAGUAGGUGGUACAGGUGCUGGGAGGGAGUGGUAGCAGUGGUGCUAGUCCCCAGGCAGCAGGUGGUGCAGGUGCUGGGAGGGAACGGGCAGCAGUGGUGCCAGUCCCCAGGCAGCAGGUGGGCAGCAGCAGUGCUAGUCCCCAGACAGCAGGCGGUACAGGUGCUGGGAGGAAGCGGGCAGUAGGUGGUACAGGUGCUGGGAGGGAGCGGGAGCAGCGGUGCUAGUCCCCAGGCAGCAGGCAGUACAGGUGCUGGGAGGGAGUGGGCAGCAGGUGGUACAGGUGCUGGGAGGGAGCGGUAGCAGUGGUGUUCGUCCCCAGGCAGUAAGCGGUACAGGUGCGUCCACCUGGUAGAAGAGCCACAGAGCAGGGAUGAGAUUGCACUCAUGGAAGGGUGGCUGUAUUUAUGAGAAGGUGUCUUCUAGGCCUAAGAAACACUGUGUUUAGGGUAAGAGAGCUACCAGACUCCACACAGGCCCAGCUAAGAAGCCAGCACCAGUGGUUCAGUGGAAGCGCCCAGCCCUGACAGCCCUGGGUGUGGCCCGUGGUUGUCUGCUCAUCUGCCUUCCAAGCGGGGCAGGUUGGAGGUUCAUUCAGUGGGUGUUCUACCUGUGUGUGCUGCAGGGGCAGACACCGGCCUCAGAGAGCUGCUCUGUUACUCUCAAUGAGACCAGCUGUGCUGGGUUCCCCGGGUGGCACACCCCCAGAAGACGAGGGGCCUUUCACGGUGAAGCUGGAGGACUCUGAGGAGGAAGGCGAAGCUGCCCUGUGGGACCCAGGCCCCGAGGCCGCACGCCUGCGCUUCCGGUGUUUCCGCUACGAGGAGGCAGUGGGUCCCCGAGAGGCCCUGGCCCGGCUCCGAGAGCUGUGUCGCCAGUGGCUGCAGCCAGAUGUGCACUCCAAGGAGCAGAUGCUGGAGCUUCUGGUGCUGGAGCAGUUCCUGGGUGCACUGCCCCCCGAGAUCCAGGCUCAUGUGCAGGGGCAGCAGCCAGGCAGCCCCGAGGAGGCUGCUACCUUGGUUGACAGGCUUCGCCAGGAGCCAGGCGGGCCUCGGCAAUGGGUCACAGUCCAUGUGCAGGGCCAGGAGGUCCUAUCAGAGAAGAUGGACCCCUCCAGCUUCCAUUCUCUACCUCAAACUCCAGAGCCUGGGCCUAAGAUACUGCCUGAGGCCAUGCAGCAAUCACCACUGGGCCUACAGGUGAAAGAGGAGCCAGAUGUUACAGAAGACCCAGAGCUUCUGGACUCUGGGCUUCUAGAGGCUGUACCCACCCUUCCACCUGAGGAGGCCCAGGGCUGUGAGACAACGUUGGACCAGGUCUCUCCACACAGUGAGACUGGGCCUGAGAGGCCCUCAUGGAAGGACUGCCCAGGGCCCCUAUGGCAUGAGGAAUCUGGAGACAUCUUCUCUCCAGGAUUUGCACUACAGAUGGACAGGGACCCUGCAGACCCAAGCACUGUGAGCCCCCACCUCCACAUCCCCUGGGACCUCAGCAUGGCCGGCCUCUCAGCCCAGAUCCAGACACCCUCCCCUGAGGGUGGCUUCCGGUGCGCCAGCAACCUGGGAGGUGAGCAAGACCCCACAGACAGAGAUUCCCGCCAGGCCACCCUGAUUGCCACCCGCUGGCACACCUCUAGGGGCCGGGGACGAGGCCGCCCUAGCACUGGCUCCCGGGCAGUUCGGGGCGGCUGUUGUGACAUGUGUGGCAAGGUGUUCAGCCAGCGCAGCAACCUGCUGAGGCACCAGAAGAUACACACGGGUGAGCGGCCAUUCAUGUGCGGCGAGUGCGGCCGCAGCUUCAGCCGCAGCUCGCACCUGCUGCGCCACCAGCUGACACACACGGAGGAGCGGCCGUUUGUGUGCUGCGACUGCGGCCAGGGUUUCGUGCGCAACGCACGCCUCGAGGAGCACCGCAGGGUGCACACGGGGGAGCAGCCCUUUCGUUGCACAGAGUGUGGCCAGAGCUUCCGGCAGCGCUCCAACCUGCUGCAGCACCAGCGCAUCCAUGGCGAUCCCCCAGGCCCCGGCACCACACCGCCUGCGCCUCCCGGCGUGCCCGAGCCCCCCGGUCCCUUCCCAUGCAGUGAGUGCCGUGAGAGCUUCACGCGGCGUGCAGUGCUGCUGGAGCACCAGGCGGUACACACGGGCGACAAGUCCUUUGGCUGCGUGGAGUGCGGAGAGCGCUUCGGGCGCCGCUCGGUGCUGCUGCAGCACCGGCGAGUACACAGUGGCGAGCGCCCCUUUGCCUGCGCCGAGUGCGGCCAGAGCUUCCGCCAGCGCUCCAACCUCACCCAGCACCGGCGCAUCCACACCGGAGAGCGGCCCUUCGCUUGCGCCGAGUGCGGCAAGACCUUCCGCCAGCGGCCCACGCUCACGCAGCACCUGCGUGUGCACACCGGCGAAAAGCCUUUUGCCUGCCCCGAGUGUGGCCAGCGCUUCAGCCAGCGCCUCAAGCUCACCCGCCACCAGAGGACACACACAGGGGAGAAGCCGUACCACUGCGGUGAGUGCGGCCUGGGCUUCACGCAGGUGUCGCGGCUCACGGAGCACCAGCGGAUCCACACCGGCGAGCGGCCCUUCACCUGCCCGGAGUGCGGCCAGAGCUUCCGGCAGCACGCCAACCUCACCCAGCACCGGCGCAUCCACACCGGGGAGCGGCCCUACAAGUGUACCGAGUGCGGCAAGACCUUCCGCCAGCGGCCCACGCUCACACAGCACCUGCGCACCCACCGGCGAGAGAAGCCCUUCGCCUGCCAGGACUGUGGGCGCUGUUUCCACCAGAGCACCAAGCUCAUCCAGCACCAGCGUGUCCACAGCGUGGAGUAGCUCCAGCCAGCACGCCCUGCGUCCACUACCUCACAGUGUUGUGAUCAGAGGUAGAGGCAGCCUGUCCACCCGUGGUCCCCCGUAGGUGCUUAAUAAACAGUAAACAGAGUCGGGUCUCCACCCACUCACUGCACUCCAUCUGCAAGCCCCUCUCUGCCACCCUAUCCAGCACUCCUCUGUACCCACAAGUGACUCCUGGCAGCGCCUGCUGCCGUCUGUGAGAGGCUCCUGUACCUGCCUCUGGCUUGCCUAGAGGAACUGGCCCAGCAGCAGGUGCCCCAGAGCCGCCCUGGGCAGCCCAGCCUCCACUCUUCCUGAGCAGCAGCCCUUAGUAUCCCAGACCCAGAGAGGAGGAGACGUCCUCUGUGAGCAUGUGCUGGACACCAGCUCGUGAACAGCAUGUGCUAGGCUUGGUCAUCAGGCGGUCACCACUGACGACAAGGGAACGGAUGUCUGGCCUGGCAGCUAAGACACCAGUUAGGAUGCCUGGGUUUGAUCCCCCAGCUCUGGCUCCUGAGUACGGCUUUCUCCCAAUUUAGGCCCUAAAGGGCAAAGACUAUGGCCCAAGUAAUUGGGUUCUGCCACUCGUGUGGAAGACCUGCAUUGAGUUCCUGGCUCCAGGCUUCAGAGCCCUGACCUUUGCAGGCACUUGGGAAAUGAACUGAUGGGAGCUCCCUCACUGUGUGUAUGUGUGUGUGUGUGUCUGCCUCUCAAAUAAAUAAGACAGAGC